GUUUGUUUUUUUUUUUUUUUUUGUGAUAAGAGAGAGCAUUUUAUUUUUUUAUGUGUUAAUUUAAUGUUAUGGUUCUGCAAGACACAACAUCUAUUCUAUUAAUAUUGUUUAGACAAAUGCAGGAAUGAUCCAGAAAAUGACAUUGAUCAAAUCCCAGACAGGAAUACUGGUAAAAGUUAAACUGUUAUAAGUUCCCUGAAAACAAAAAUAUCAAAUUAAAUUAAAAGCGGUCAAUAUAUGAUGACAAUUUUGUGCUGCACCUUUUCUGUUUUAAAAAUACCUUUGUAACAAUAACUACUGAAAUCUGGGCGACUUGAGACAACUUUUUCUUGUAGAGAAACAUAAUUUUUGUUCUUAUUCACAACUACUUGAACAACUGUGGAAUCUGGAAAUUAUGUUGCAAAGAAGGAUUUUUCAUAAAAUUGAGAAUAUUAUGGACCAUCUUGUUCAUGAGACUGUCAUACAAAAACAGUUGGGUGUCUUCAGUCAGAGGCUUCUUCAGACUCGCAGUAUUACAGACUCCUACAGGAAAUCCUUCUUGCUCACAGCAAUCAGCAUCUACAAAAACUCUGAAGAAAACUUGGAUAUGAUUCACAAAAUUUAGCUUCCCUUUGGGAUCAAUAAAGUAUUUUUGAAUUGCGUUGAAGUAAAUUGAACUACUUUUCAUUUUUGUCAAUCACAUCAAAUACUUAUGAGAUAAAAUAAAGCUUGGAGUUGUUAUGAGACCAAAUGGUAAGUUUGCCUGCAACCCCUUUGCAGUAAACAGCAAAAUGCGCACUUCUCUGACUUCUUGCAUCCAGGUAGAGUGAUGAGUUUAAAGGAACAAAGCACGUUUUUGCUCAGUUAACAAUGUGAGCCAUGCAGCAAACAAUCACUCUGUAUUUCUAUUUCUGGCUUGCUUACAGAGUUUGCUGUAUGGUGAUAUUAUUACAUGUCUGUGGGAGAUGGAAAAUCAAGGUCAUGCAUGUUUUAAAAUGACUAUUAGGAGUUAGUUUGCAGCUUCCAUGCAGUUUAAUUCAACAUGAGAUGACUUUUGAGUAACACCUGCAGGUCCACUGUAAUAAUCUAGGACAAUAGUCAAUUAUCAGGGUGAACCGCUGUAAGGUGAAAUGAGUGUGUCAUCCAGCCUCCUCCCCCCGCCCUCCCUGUCUUUGUCCCUCCUCCAGUCAUCAUCGGAGCAGCUCUCUCCAUCUAGCCGCGCAUCCAGCUCCAGAGCCCCGUCAGGAUGAUCCGCCGCCGCACCGACAACCUUCACUUCACGUUCACUCCUCUUCUUUAACAGAGCCCCUUCCUUCACCCAUGCGCUGCCUCCCUCCUGAGAUGCGACACCGCUGCCUCAUUUCCCGGACGAUACCUUCAUCUUGCGUCGCUCCUCGCUGAUAGAGAGCAUGCCCGACGCGGGGACGGGAGGCGCUGUGGCCGCCGGGGGUGCGACCACCUCCGGCGACGGCUCCGAGAGCUCCCGCCACCGACACCGAGCGCAGCAGGGGGACUCGGAGAGGCCGGAGCCGGGUUCUGCCCCGCAACAGAGCUCCUCGGGAGUCCUGGAUAAGUUGUUUGGGAAGCGUCUGCUGCAGGCUGGGAGACACAUCCUGUCUCAUAAGUCUUGGAUGAAAACGGUGCCCACGGAGAACUGUGACGUCCUCAUGACGUUUGCAGACACUACAGAUGACCACACGUUGCUAUGGAUACUGAACCACAUGCGGCUAGGAAUCCCAGAGAUCAUCAUCCAAAUCCGGCAUCAUAAGCACACCAGAGUCUACGCAUUCUUCAUCACCGCUACGUAUGAAAAUUUGCUGCGAGGUGCAGAGGAGAUGGGCCUGAGAAAGGGGGUGAAGCCGGAGUUUGGUGGAGGAGCACGGAGCUUCUCCUGCGAAGAGGACUACAUCUAUGAGAACAUUGAGAGUGAGCUGUGUUUUUUCACCUCACAGGAAAGACAAACCAUCAUCAAAUACUGGCUGGACAAUCUACGUGCCAAGCAGGGCGAGGUUCUUCACAAUAUCAGCUUCCUGGAGGGUCAGCCAAUCAUCCCAGAGCUGAGAGCCAGAGGAGUGAUCCAGCAGGUGUUUCCUCUCCAUGAGCAGAGGAUCCUCAACCAGCUGAUGAAGUCCUGGGUCCAGGCGGUCUGCGAGAAGCAGCCACUAGACGACAUCUGUGACUACUUUGGGGUGAAGAUAGCGAUGUAUUUCGCCUGGCUGGGUUUCUACACCACCUCCAUGUUGUAUCCUGCUGUGAUCGGCUUUGUGCUGUGGAUGCUCACAGAGUCGGAUCAGACGAGCCGUGACAUCUGCUGCGUGGUGUUUGCGCUGUUCAAUGUGGUGUGGGCCACUCUGUUCCUGGAGCGGUGGAAGAGGAGGGGAGCCGAGCUGGCGUACAAAUGGGGAACGCUGGACACGCCCUCCAAAUCACUGGAGGAGCCGCGGCCUCAGUUUCGGGGAGUGAAGCGCUGCAGCCCCGUAACGGGAUGCGAGGAGUUUUACUACCCGCCGUGGCGCAGGCGUGUGUUCAGGUGGCUGGUCAGCCUGCCAAUCUGUAUCCUGUGCCUCUGCUUUGUCUUCCUCGUCAUGCUCAUCUGCUUUGAGCUGCAGGAGUUUGUGAUGGGGAUCAAGGAAAUGCCGCGGCUGGCUCGCUUUAUCCCUACAAUCAUGCUUGCUAUCACUGUGAGUGCAUGUGAUGAGGUGUACAGGAAAAUCGCCUGCUGGCUCAACGACAUGGAAAACUACAGACUCCAGAGUGCCUAUGAGAAAAAUCUCAUCAUCAAAAUGGUUCUUUUUCAGUUUGUAAAUUCUUAUCUCAGCCUUUUUUACAUUGGAUUCUACCUCAAAGACAUGGAGCGUCUGAAGGAGAUGUUGGCCACUCUACUCAUCAUCCGCCAAUUCCUUCAGAACGUGAAGGAGGUUCUGCAGCCUUACCUGUACGAGCGCCACAAGCUGGGGGAGCUGUCGAUGAGAGCCGUGUGGGACCUGCUGCUCUCCGUGUUGCUCAAAUACGCCCGGCUGGCGGCCGGGAAGGUCCAGGCUUCGCCAACGGACCCGACCGUGCCUGGAUCCGGACUGAGGGGCACGAGACCUGGAGUGGGGAAUCCAGAACGAAGGGAGAAGAAGUGUUUGAACGGCGGCUGUGGCGUGCCUGAUGAGGAGGAGGGGGGAGAGCGGGACGAGGCUGAUAGCGGGAGGUUCAGCGAAGGAGAGACGGAGGAGGAGAAUGUGAUAGACUGCGGCCUGAAGCUGAGGAAAGUCAGCUUUAUAGAGAAGGUGGACAGAAGGCCGGCUUGUGGUGGAGCCCCCAUGGAAAACAACUUCCUGGAGGAAGGAAGCCCCACCAUGGUGGAGAAAGGAAUGGACCCGGCCUCUGUGUUUGAAAUGUGCGAUGACGACGACGAUAAUGGAAUCCAUGAUGUGAAGGACUCGGGAGGGGGCGGCGCCGAGGGGCUCAGUGCUGCCGCUGCAGCCAUUGGGGGCAGCGCCGCCCUGCCGUCGUCUGCCUCAGACGGCGCCGCGCCACUGCGUCACAGAAGAAGAGGCCAGAGCGUGGAGAGGACAGAGCCUAAAACCAAACGGGAGUCAUGGAUGGAUCCUCCGGAGGAGACGGAGAGCAUAACGCUGACUCAGGCUGAGAUGGAGAGCUGCAUGCAGACCUACGCUGACACCUUCCAGGACUACCAGGAGAUGUUUGUCCAGUUUGGCUACGUGGUUCUCUUCUCCUCUGCCUUUCCUCUGGCGGCCAUGUGUGCGCUCAUCAACAACAUCAUUGAGAUCCGCAGCGACGCCUUUAAGCUGUGCACCGGGCUGCAGAGGCCGUUCGGACUCCGAGUGGAGAGCAUUGGCCAGUGGCAGACGGCGAUGGAAGCCAUGGGCCUGAUUGCCAUCAUAGUGAACUGUUACCUGAUUGGUCAGUGCGGUCAGCUGCAGCGGCUCUUCCCGUGGCUCAGUCCGGAGAUGGCCAUCAUCUCUAUUGUCAUCCUGGAGCACUUUGCGAUCCUCCUGAAGUACAUCAUCCAUGUGGCCAUUCCUGACAUCCCUACAUGGGUCGUGGAGGAGAUGGCGAAACUGGAUUACCAGCGAAGGGAGGCUUUUAAGAAGCAUGAGCGGCAGGCGCAGCAGCAUUACCAGCAGCUGCAGAGGAGGAAGAGGGAGGAAGAGGAGCGGCAGAGGCAGGCGGAGCAUAUGGCGCGCAGAGAGAGGGAGCGGGAUGACAGCAAAGGUGACCCGUCUGGGGAUCACCACCAUGACAAAAUUCACGGGAGCAAAUCUCGCUCUGGAGGUGGCGGAGGAGGAGGCGGGGCCAGCGGUUCUGACAAACCCAAGAGGCCCAGCUCCCUGCUGGGCAACAACAACGUGAUGAAGCUGAAGCAGAUCAUCCCGCUGCAGAGUAAGUUCUCCUCCAGCGGCGCGCGUUCCCCGCAGUCGCCCACCGGUAGUGAGCCCAAACUCCCCGGAUUCCUCAGCUUCAAGUUCCUCAAGUCACCCGAGAACAAGAAGGAAGGAGCCGCUGCUGCUGCUGCUGCCGCCGCCGCAUCUGCUGCAGCCAGCACCAACACAGCCGCAGCAUCAUCAUCAUCAUCCUCAUCAUCAGGUAGCAGCUCUCAGGAGCGUUCUCAGUCACCCAGUAAGGCCUUCAACCCUGGAAAACUGUUUAACUUUGGGAAAUCCGAAGGCGGAGCGUGUGUGAAUGGGGCUCCGCUGCCCAGACCCGGAGACGGAUCGUCGUCGGAAAGACAAGCCUCCCGCUCCGACUUGAACGGUGUUCCCGACGAGAUCCCUUCUCCUCCAGGGGAGGGAUCUGAGAACGGACAUGCUGCAGACUUGGACCUGGCCAAUUCGAAAAUCUAGCAGCUCUGGAGGAGAAAAACUACAUAUCAGCCGGAGUUGAUGUGCUUUACUGUGAGAAAAGGCCCGAAAAGUUCCUGUUUGUGCAGAGGAAAACAGGAAAAGAUGAAUCCGACGGAAGAUGACUGUUCAAAGAGAUGAUUGUUCCGGUCAAGUUUCUUGCAGAGAGACAAAAAUAAUCGGGCUUUGUACGACAGACGCAAGUCCUUCUGUCAUGACCGACUAAAACACACUCACUCAAAUUCUUCCUUGUCUGCAAUACGUAAAGAAAUGCAUGAGCUGCGUUUCGACUAUUUUAAGCCUUUAAAGCAGAGAGCUAUGUUUCCUGAUUUCCUUUAGUCAGAAAUUGUAAGCAUCUUGGUGGCCUCACACAAAAAAAUAAACAAAUAAAAAGCCAGUUGUGAAAGGAUAGAGGUUAAAACAAACAUGGAAAGAUUUCCAGACUUCAUCCUUCCCAACACAAGUAAAUAUUUUAUCUUUUUUUUUUUAUUGUGAUGAAUUUUUGGGCCCUUCUCUUUUAUAUUGAAGCGGAUAAAUGGAAAAGCAAUAUCAGUUAGUGUUUUAAUGAUUCUCAGCAGUCGCAGCAUAAAUCACCAGCUUUAUUUUGAAAGCAGAGGUGAUGUCUGAGCGUUCAGUUUCCUUCCCUUUCUGUAACAGAUUAAAAAAAUCACAAAGUAAAGAGCUUAGUAAGUCAAAUUACCCAUACCGACAUUUUCCCCAGGAGAAAUUUGGAGGCAGCGGCUGAAGGUGAUGUUUGGGAAAGUGGAGCAUGGAUGAUGCCUGUAGUGAGCCGGGUAAACACAGAUGGCGCUCCGUUUCACACACUCCAGUCUGGCUGGAGUGUGUGAGGAGGUAAAGAGAAAGUUGCACUAAACCUCAACGAGAAGCUUGAUAACAGCCUGAUUCAUUACGGUAUGUUACACAAAAACGGUUUGUUUUUUAGUAUCCACUGCUCCCUCCACACUUAUUCUCUCCUGAUGUGAUGAAGCUUUGAAAUGAAUGAAUCGUUUCCUAAAGCUGAAUAAUCCCACAGUAAAAGCUAUAUAAAAAACCAUCUUAGAUAUCUCCUAUCAAGAAGAAAACGUUUUCAUCUCCUCAGCGCCCCCUGCAGGCUUUCAGUAGCACUUAGCUCGUCCUCUGAUUGACACGUCUAGUUCCCUGCAGAAAUCACAAAAUGUUUGUUGUAUUCCAAUGCUCACGAUACAAUCUAGCAAAGUUAGCAAGGCUAUUAGAUGUAAGACGGACCCACAGCAUCACAGAUCCUCCACUGUACCAAAUAGUAUUCAUUCUUUUUUUCAAGAACUAGAAUGUUUGCUGCCAAAAAGGC